AUGGGGGAAAAGACGAAGACCCAGCGGCCGCGAAAACGCAAAGUCGGGGGGCCCCCCUCCGAGGCCCCCGAGGGGCCCCCCCGCUCCCGGGCUCGCAGGAAGGAGCGACGGCCCCCCCCUGAGGCUCUGGAGGCUGGGGGCCCCCCCCAGGGGCCCCCUAAGGGGCCCCCCAAGAGGCCCCACAAGGGGGCCCCCAAGGGGCCCCCGCAGCAGGAUGAAGAGGCCCAGCAGCAGCUUCGGGCCCUCGAGACCCUUCUUUUUGGGGCCCCCACGGCCACAGCAGGGGGGCUUGAGGGGGGGGGCAGCAACGGCGAGGGACAGGAGGCAGCAAGCAGAGCAGCAGCAGCAGCAGCAGCAAGAAGCGCAAGCCUGGUGGUGGACAUAGCAGCAAACCCGAAGCUGCGGAAGCUGCAGCAGCAGCAGCAGGAGAAGCAAAUAAGCGGCGAAGAGUUUCACCGGCGGCUGCAGGCCCUUCACAGGACCCUGAGCAGCAGCAGCAGCAGCAGCAGCAAACAAAGUCUGCUGUGGAUUCAAGAGGCCAGGGAGAGGAAGCGAAGGGCCCUUGAAGAGAGCGAGCUGCUGGGGGAGCUGCCCAGCGGGCUGGAAAGCACAGGCCAAGAGGGGCCCCUCAGCAAAGGAGAGGGUUUAGUUGCUGCUGCUGCUGCUGCUGCUCGGAAGCAAAGGGGGGGCCCCCUGGGGGCCCCCCUUGCUGCGGGCAAGAUAAAUGUGCGCAGGCUCGAAGACGCAAACAAACAAGGCCCCAGCCUGUGCGCGGUGUCUUGCCUGGACUUCCACCCGAAGUCGAACAUUUUGCUGACAGCGGGUCGGGACAAAACCCUGCGGCUGUUUCUGGUCGACGGCGCGAAGAACCCCCGCCUGGAGUCUGUACACCUCAAGGACUUUCCAGUUUCAAAAGCUUUUUUUUCUCUUUUCAAUUUCGGAGAAACUCUUUUGAUGACUUCCAGCGCCUCCAGGGCUCUCGCGGAAUACGACCUGCACCGCGGGUCU